AUGUCUCAAAUUGUGAUCGAGCAACAGCGUGAAGCUAACGAAAAGUCGCUGCGAUCUGUCUUUGUCGGAAACAUUCCAUAUGAGACCACUGAGGAGAGUUUAAAAGACAUCUUCGCCCAGGUAGGUCCCGUUCUAAGCUUCAGAUUAGUGUAUGACAGAGACACAGGCAAACCAAAGGGAUAUGGUUUCUGUGAAUACCAGGACCAAGAGACGGCAAAGAGUGCAAUGAGGAAUUUAUCUGGGUAUGAGCUGAACGGACGUUCACUGCGUGUUGACACAGCAACCAGUGACAAGUCUGAGGAGAUCAAGAGUCUGGGUCCUACUGGAAAAGUUGUUCCUGAGGUAUCCCCAUAUGGAGCUCCUUGCCCCCCUGAUAACGCUCCUGAGGCCAUCUCCCAGGCAGUGGCAAGUCUACCCCCUGAACAGAUGUUCGAGCUGAUGACACAGAUGAAGAAAUGUAUUCUCGGUAACCCAGAUGAAGCCAAGAAACUGUUACUUCAGAAUUCACAGCUAGCCUAUGCUCUACUGCAAGCCCUAGUCGUCAUGAGAGUCCUCGAUCCCUCAAUAGCACAAAGUAUUCUGCACGGUGUGAGGCCAAAGCCACUUCCCCAUAAAACCCCUGGUACGGGUCAGCCCUCCCGUCCACCCCCACCCGCCCCAAUUCAGCACCAGCCAACACCCCCACCACCCCAACCCAACAACUGGGGCAACGAUUUCCACUCCCAACCACCUCGAUCCCAUCCUCCACCGGAGAGACGUAACAUGGUUCCAGGGUUUGGUGGUCCGGCAGCUCCUCCUCCCCAACCUGCUCCACCACUUCGUCAGCAGCAGCGGGCACCCUCCAACCCCCGACCAACACCCCCUGCACCACCCCAGGCUUCUCCUUCUGCAGUCCUCAACAUGCAACCGUCUGCUGAAAAGGAGGAUCUGAUCCGGCAGGUGAUGAUGCUGAGCGAUGAGCAGAUACAGAGUCUGCCUGAAGAGCAGAGAAAUACACUCCUACUUUUUAAACAGCAGUACAAGCACGGCGCCUUGUAA